UGCACUCGGUGAUUGGCCAGUAGAUGGCUCCCGUGGUAACUAACAGCGGACUUGUACUUGGCCAGCGCCGAGACCAAUGCCAGCCCGCCAACAGUAACUUGGAAGAGGGCACCUAGGUGAGGAGUUGCGAUUCACUACGCAGGUGCAUUCGCUCAUCGCUGACUGAAAUAUGUACUUGAACUCUGCACCUUUCUCCUUUGCAAACGCCCUCUUAGCAACGGUCACCAUGGAGACGGUGGGAGACGCCCCCCCAUGGAUUGGCUGAGCCCAGCCUCGCUGGGCGCCCAUUGGCUGGAGGGUCGCUCCGGGGCCAGGUCUUGGGAAUCGCUACCGGAGAAGUUAUCCCAGAAUCCAGGUGUGAGUGUUUGUGGUAAGAAAAAGAAGAGAUGAUCAGCCCAAAAUCGAGCCAAUCCCUGGGAGUCAAGGUACACUCCAAGCAUGAACAGCUCUCUGAACCACAAGGGAAACUGGAGAAGUAUCUUGGUUCAUUGGUGGGAUCGGCCAUGCAGACGAGAAUAGGUGUGCGGACCGACACAACGGCUUCGGCCCCGGGAGAAGCAGAUGAAGAUCCUGCAGUUAACUUGUUUCCGCCGCCACUACCCCAGCCCCGGAUCUGCAUGUGGAAAUACCUGGACAUCCAUACCAUGCACCGGCUAGAGAAGACUACCAGCGUUGAGGAGAUGAGGGAGGUACUGGCUGAGCUGUUGGGAAUUGGCUGGCCUGAGCAAAGCUUGCGGGAUGCCAUCAUCCUGGACCUCUUCUCCCAUGCCCUCAUCUUCUGCCAACAGCAGGGCUUCUCCCUGGAACAGACAUCCGCAGCUUGUGCCUUGCUCCAGGAUCUUCACAAGGCCUGUAUUGCAACCCCCCUGGGCAAUGUGGAAGAAUGCUACCGCCACUUUAUCACUGCUCUUUUUUGCCACGGAGUCAGGCGUCCCCCCUUCAGCAUUGACCUCUUUAAGGAAGAACAGCUGCUGGCCCUGGCUGACUAUGUAGUCAACACCUACUUCCGACACUUCAAACUCUACAAAUAUGUGUUCACACCGCAGGUGCAGCUGGAUCUGUCUUUGACUUACAUAGGGCUACAGCCACCCAUGCCCUGGCCAGAGGAGAAAGAAGGCCAGGAAGCAGAGGAGCAGACAGCCACCCAACUAGAGGAAGAACCAGAAGCAGUGGUGCAGCCAGAGCAAAAGCCAAGCCACACCUGUGUCCUCCGAACCUACAUCAAGACCCAAGUGAAUAAGGAGCUCGGGCAGCUCCAGCAGUUGGUGGAAGAUCAGCUCAAGGCCAGUGAGGAAAGGCUCAGCAACAAGUUGAGUGCACUAGAGCGGCCUGCCCAGGGGCCUCCUGGCAAAGGCAAGAACAAGACAAAGUGAUGCCCAGCAAUUGCCCCAAUAAAGGCAGAGCUGGCAUGU